GCUGAACUGGUGUAACAGUAGCUAUUAAAUCCAAUCCCGUUACUCCUGAGAAAAACUUUCUUUUGAUCUCAGCCCUGGAUAGAUCAAAUCUUCAUGUGGCUGUGGAUGUCUCUGCUGAUCCUGGGAAUCACCUGUGGUGUUCAAGAGAACAUGUCGUUUGCCAUGGAUCAAACCCCAGUUGGCUGCAUGCAAGCAACAACACCCCAACCAGUGAUCUUCCUCCAUCCUCCAUGGACAACAGUCUUCAAGGGAGAGAGUGUGAAUCUGACUUGCCAUGGAUAUCACUUCUCUGCACCAGGGGAAACAACGUGGUACCUUUGGGAUUCUGAGCAAAAGACAGAACUUAAAAGCAAAAGAAACACUGUCACGGUCCAUGUUUCUGGAAAGUACAGAUGCCAGGUCCCAGGCUCAAGCCUAAGUGAGCCUGUGACCUUGCUGUUUUCCUCAGAUGACCUAAUCCUGCAGACUCCAUACUCUGUGUUUGAAGCCGACUCAGUGGUUCUGAGAUGCCGAGGAAAGACAGAAGCAGUGGUGGAAUCUGUGAACUUUUACAGGAAUAAGAAACUUCUCGACAAAUAUUCUCAAAAAAGCUUUGAAUUCCAUAUAAAGCAUGCAGGUCUGAAGGACAAUGGUGCUUAUUACUGCACUGGAUCUAAGAAAGGUUUUCACUAUGUCACUUCAAAGGCAGUUGAACUCCAAGUCCAAGAGCUGUUUCCAGAGCCUGUGCUGACAAUCAGCUCCCUCAAGCCCACUGAAGGGAGCCCCGUGACCCUGACCUGUAAGACUUGUCUCCCUUCACAAAGGUCAAAUGUCAAUCUCAAGUUCAACUUUCAGAGUGAUACCCUAUGGUCAGGUUGGAGAAGUUCUCCAGAAUUUCAGAUCACUUCUGUGUGGAAAAAAAACUCUGGAGUUUACUGGUGUGAGAUCCAGGAACAGACUACUUUUGUCAGGAAAAAAAGCAAGAAAUCCUACAUGUCUGUGCAGAGAAUUAUUGCCAACAUCCAAAUACGGACCUACCCAGUCUUAGAGCUGGUGUUUGAAGGAGAGGAACUGGUCCUCACGUGUUCAGUAGAUGGAGUCCCAGCACCCUUCCGAGUAGAAUGGCAUAGAAGACAUGUGUGGGGUUGGAAAAAAGAGAUUGCAUCAAACUUAAACGAAUUAAAGAUCUCCAAGGUGAAAAUGAGUGAUGCUGGAGAGUACUACUGUGUAGUCUUGAAGGAACGCCUCUCUUUUAAAAGCAAACCAGUGGACAUCACAGUGAAAGAGCCCGUGUCCAUUCCUGUUUUCACUCUGCACACUCGUGGGGCCCGAGUUCUUAAGGGGCACAUGGUGACGCUGCACUGUCAAGUCCAGAGAGGCUCACACCCAAUCUUGUAUCAGUUUUUUCAUAAUGAUGAGCUUAUUAAGGAUCUAAAAGAGACUUCAAGCAGAAUAAAGUCCUACAGCUUCUCUCUGAGAGCAGAGGACUCUGGAAGCUACUACUGCACAGUCAACAACGGUCAGGGGGCCCAGCGCAGCAAUAUUAUGCAACUCUCUGUCACGGUACCUGUGUCCCCUCCUCUUCUCACUCUGCAAACUCCUCGAGCCAAAGCUUUUGUGGGAGACACAGUGACACUGCGCUGUGAAACCCAAAGAGGCUCACACAACAUCAGUUACAAGUUUUAUCACAUGGAUGUCAUCCUGGAGGAAAGAUCGAUCCCCUUUGGAGAAGGAGCAUUCUUCAGCUUCCCCCUGAAGGAAGCUCAUUCGGGUAGCUACUAUUGCACAGCCAGCAAUGGCUUUGGCUCCCAGCGCAGUGAAGCUGUGAACCUGUUUGUUGCUGUUCCAGUGCCUCGCCCUGUCCUCACCCUCAGGACUCCGCAGGCCCAGGUUGUUGUGGGGAACUUGGUAGAGUUCCACUGUGAGGCCCAGAGAGGCUCUCCCCCGAUCCUAUACCAGUUUUACCAUGAGGAUGUCUCCCUGGGGAGCAGCUCAGCGCCCUUAGGAGGAGGAGUAUCCUUCAACCUCUCUCUGACCACAGAACAUUCCGGAAAAUACUACUGUGAGGCUGAUAAUGGCCUGGGGGCCCAGCACAGUGACAGAGUGUCACUCAGUGUCAAAGUUCCACUGUCCCACCUGUCCUCACCUUCAGGUGUCCAGGCUGUGGUGGGGGACACAGUGGAGUUUCACUGUGAGGUCUGGAGUGUCUCCCCAAUCCUGUACCAGUUUUAUCAUGAACAUGUCUCCCUGGGGAGCAACCCAGCUCCUGCUGGUGAAGGAGCAUCCUUUAACAUCUCUCUGAUGGCAGAACAUUCUGAAAACUUCUCCUGUGAGGCUGAAAAUGGCCUGGGAGCCCAGAGAAGUGAGGCAAUGACCCUCAAUAUCACAGUUCCAGUGUCUCUCCCAGCCCUCACCCUCAGGGCUCCCCGGGCCCAGACUAUGGUGGGGGAUGUAGUAGAACUUCACUGCGAGGUGCAAAGUGGCUCUCUUCCCAUCAUCUACCGGUUUUACCAUGAAGAUGUCAUCCUGAAAAAUAGUUCGGUCACCUCUGAAGGAGGAACAUCCUUCAAUCUCUCUCUGACAGCAGAACAUUCUGGAAAUUACUCUUGCCAGGCCAUCAAUGAUGUGGGAGACCAGCUCAGUGAGGUGGUGGAAAUUUAUAUCACAGGGCUCACAGAGAGCAGAAGUGGCUCUGUCACCGCAGGCGUCACCGGGGGUCUGCUUAGCAUGAUGUGCCUUGCUGCGGUGACACUUCUGCUCUAUCACUGGCUCCUGAAGAAAGCAGCAGGAGGGCCUUCAUGUGACCCCACCAGGAAUCAUUCAGAGUUCAAUCCCCAAGAGCCUACCUACUCCAAUGUACCAUCCUACUUAGAGCUGCAACCAGUGUACAGCAAUGUAAAUCUUAGUGGAGGAGAUGUGGUAUACUCCGAAGUCAAGAGCAUUAAAGAGAAGAAUAAACCUACAGUGGCCUCUGAACCAAGGAGUGCCAAGGAUGAGGGUUCCUCGGUAAUCUACUCCGAGGUGAAGGUGACUUCAACCUCGGCCUCCAGGACUCAGCCCUUGGCUUCUUCAGAUCCACAUAUAUGAGCCCACCCAGCUUCCUGACCACUGUGUUAAACCCUGCAGUCCAUCUCUGUUCCUCAGAGAGAGGGUGCAUUGAAGUGGGAAGAUUUAGGUCUACCCUAGGCCAUAUUCCUAGUUGUAGAUAAUUCACUCAGAACUCUGGCCCCUACAGAACUCAGAUACUCAGACUGAUUUCCCUAGUUACAUACAGCCUUAUUCUAGGAAUUGUUUUGCCUAAGAUUCUGCUACCAGUAAAGGGCCUACUAUGUGCAGUGGUUUCAUUAGAGAAGUUCAACUUUGGCCAGUCUUCUGGUUCCUUCACUGACACCCAGAACCCCACAGUUCCUCGAAGAGAACUGCCCCUGAAUUCCCCAUGGACACCUGGCCUUAGAGGGUGCCCUUCGCAAUUGCCAUCUGUC